ACCCAUAUUUCAUAAUGACCUCACCGUUAAAAAAGUCGUAUCACUCAAUCGAUGUUUAAUCGAUUCCAUAUCGCCACUAAGACAAUUAAAUUCCACCGGGAGUAUAUUCGAUAAUAAAGUCGACUAUAAUGUCACUACACCCAUAAUAUCGUUUCGCGAAGGUGGGCUUGUCACCGCUGAAAUAACAUUAAAAACUUUGGACCCUCAUAUAGUCGUCAAAUCCAUUGAAUAUGGACUGAAAGAAGAAAUCAAUUAUCGCACCACCGGUGAGCACGUGACGUCAUUAGUGGCGAGCAUUGAUGAGAAUGUAUUUCCCCUAGGCAAAAAGAAGAUUUUAUUAGACCAAUUCUCUCACACCUCCGAUUCCGUCAAGAUUAGUUUUCACCUGUGCCCUUGGGUAAACUGUGAUGUGAAUUCAGAAUUGAUUUACAUUGAACACAAGAUAGUGUUGUCAAUUGAAGUCACUGAAAAGGUUCCCGUAGGCGUGGAAAACUUAUUCGAUGUCAAUGAUGACGACGAUCCUCAGCUUGAUGAACCGCGCGCCCGCCGUAGAAGUAUUCUGAAUAAUUUUUCAUCGCCACAUAUCAAUAACCUUUCUCUUCCAUCAACAUCCGACGAAGAUGACAGUAACAGGCUUAGACAUCGUUCACUUUCUUUAUCUCCGCUGAAUAAUGACAUAACAUCGAUGAGAGGCAGCGGGAAUAAUAGAAAUCGAUCGAAUCGAGCCCUCUCUUUGAUGCCCCUGAGACGUAACGACAAUGAAGAAUUUGCAACAUCGGAAACGAAUAAUCGAC